GGGCAGCGGCGGGGGCACCGCUGGUGGCUCCCGCCAGGGUGAGCACCACCGGGACCCGCUUUGCCAUCGCCGGAAUGGAUGGGGUCGCACCCCGUACAUCGACGACACCACUGCCCGCAAGGACCGAGCCCGGCUGUCCGUGGGAAGUUGCCCCUUGCAAGACCAGGCCGUGCUGCGGCCCUGUCCCGGCCGCCGCCAUCGCCCCGGGGGUCGCGUCCCGUCCCGUCGGGGCUGCCCCCUCCUCACCCGCCCGCGACCUCCCGCCGCCAGGGGGCGCGCGUCACAUCCGCGAGGGCUCUCCGCUCGCGCUCCUCUCUCCGACCAAUCAGCGCGCAGCGUUUCGGCGGGAAGGCGGAAGUGGCGCUCCGUGGGCACGGCCAUGGCUGAGGCGCGGCCGCUGCGGCUGCUGGCCCUGCACGGUUACCGGCAGAGCGCCCGCCGCCUCCGCCAGCGCACCGGUGCGCUCCGUAAGGCCCUGCGCGGCCGCGCCGAGCUGCUGAUCAUCGACGCGCCUCACCCGUUGCCCGCCGCCGCUGAGGACGACCCCGACGGGGACGACCCCCCCCGGGGCUGGUGGUUCUCCGGGCCCGGCACGUUCGAGGCGGGCGAAGCGGCUGCGGCUCCGGUGGGGCUGGACGAGUCUCUGUCCACCGUGGCGGCGGCGCUGGCGGAGCACGGGCCCUUCGACGGGCUGCUGGGCUUCAGCCAGGGCGCGGCGCUGGCCGCCAUGGUGUGCGCCCUGCGGGCCCGCGGCGACCCGCGCUUCCCGGUGACCUUCGCCGUGCUGGUGGCCGGGUUCGCCAGCCGCUCCCCGGCACACGGACACUUCUACCGGGAGCCCAUCGCCCUGCCCACGCUGCACAUCGUGGGCGACACCGACGCCGUCAUCGCAGCAGCCCUCAGCAGGGAGCUGGCCCGGUGCUUCGUGGAGCCCGUGAUCCUCACGCACCCCGGGGGACACUUCAUCCCCGCGGCUCCGGCGCAGAAGAAAGCCUACCUGGAGUUCUUGGAACGCUUCUGCCCCGGGCAGGGCCAGGCCGAGCAGCCGGGGGCUGGGGAGGUUUGAGAUCGGGCUCUGUAAUAAUAAAGGACUCUGGUGAGCCACGUGCGCCCAUCCUGUGAAACAUCACUGUUUUUGUGCCUCCAGAGGGACCAGUGAACAGCUCUCUGCACGUUCUGCUCUUCAGUGUCCACCCAGGCCAGGCUAAAUGGUUUUUUAUCUCUUUUUUUCAGCUUUGUUGUGUACAUCAGUAUAAAAUAUAUAUGUAUAUAAAGCUAUGUAUAUAAGAUGUAUGACACAUAACACGAUUGUGGGGUUGUGACAGUGAGGGGGUUGAGGGCAGGAGGGUGACACUGCUCUGUGUGCAAGGUGCUUUCAAGCUCAAACACCUGCUGAAAAUGAGAGUCCCUCAGCUCAACCACAGCAAGUGUCUGCAGGGCACAGAGCUCCUGCAAUUUUUCACCCCAAAGAUUAGUGGUUUUUAAUAUCUGUUAAGCCAAACUUCCAGCUGGUCUGGGCCUGGAAAACCCUCUCAUCCUUGGCAGUGCCAGGGCAAGUGUUUGUUUCAGGAAUGAAAUGUCUGCUGGCUCGGCAUGCAUGUGUUGGAUCUUCCUUGCACAAAGUGCCUCCAUGAACAAGAGAAACUUGUCACUUUGUGGCUCUGUAUUAUCCAGAAGCACACGAAAAUCUUUAUUGCUGUAACAGUUGCAGGUGUCCUGCCCAGCUUCUGCCCCCCUCAGCACUGGGCACCAGUCUCAGGAGAGGAGUGCUAGCAGAGCUUCUCUAACCACGGCUUUCCUUGGGGCUGUAGAGUUGGUAAAAGAGGGAAAUGGGGUGAAAAAUGUGAAUUUUCCCCGUGCUUGAGCAGCAGGGCAGUGCAGUGUCAGCUCUGUGAACUCUUCCCAUGUUCUCUGAGCUGGGAGCAGGCCUGGGAGCUGCUGUGGGUUAAACCAGCCCGGCAGGAGUGAGCAGUUCUCAGCCCCAUCAGGUUUUUCCCCCUGAUUUGCAGCAGGUUGGUGAUGGUGGCAGGAGGAUGUAGCUGUUUCCCUACAGCCCAGCCCCACGCUGCUGUUGCCCUGUGGUGCUGGGGGGGCUCUGGCAGUGCUGGCCGUCCGUGCCACUCCACGUGGGCUGUGUCACAUCUGCUGCGGGGGCGUGGGGUGUCUGCACCCCUUGGUGACCGCAUCGGGGACACCAGAGACUGGCUUUUCUGGGGUUUGCAUGCCCGGCUGCAGCUGUGGCCGAACACAGCUGUGACAACGCACCGGAGCCUUUGUCUCCGCUCUUCCCCCGCGGCCGGGCAGCCCCCGGUAGCUGUUUGAUCAUCCGCGGUGCGGUCCCGGCGCGGGGGAGGCACCGCAGCCAUGGCCGGCCCGCCCGCCCGCACUGCGGCCCCCGGCAGCUCCCGGGCACAGGGAGGCACUGGCAGCUCCUGGGAAGAGGGAAGGAAAGGGAAGAAGAAGC